CCAGCGUGUUUAAAUAAUGCUAAGAAUAAAUGCUAAAAACAGUUAUAAGAUUAUUGCAAGCUAUAUAUAUAACUUAAAUAAACCAGUAUUUUUAAGGCAAACUUCUCUUUUAUCAAGUGUUACAAAUUUGCAACCAGAUGUUUUGAUUCAAGAUUUAAAUAAACAUGACAAUAACCAUAUAUUUGAUACUGAUAUCAAAAGUUUUAAAAAUACUGAACUAUUGAGAAAAAGGGACGAUUAUUCAUUAUUAAAUGAUAAUUUAGACAAAAGUUUUUAUGAACUUGAUGUUCAAGUAAAAAAGUUUGGAAGGUUAAGAAAAAACGAACUAAAUGAUAUUCUUAAGGAUAUUGCUAAUAAAAAAAUUAUGACUUCUAUGCAAGCAUUGUUAUUAAUAAGAUGUUGUGGAGAUUUUAUGGUUGAAGAGCAUAUAUUGGAAAGAAAUAAAAUCCUUGAUAAUAUUAUAAAUUUAUGCCAAAAAUUAAAUGUUAAAUUUGAUAUAAGCCACCUCAAUAGUUUGUUAAAAAUAUUUUGUGAAAACAAACACUUUUUAGCAUUACCAAAUAUUAAAUCAUUUGAUAAAGAUAUUAAUAAAGAUGAAUUAGCUAUUAACAUAUUAAAUGAUAUAUUUCCAAACUUCAAGAUUAUCCAAAAUAAAGAUAUUCAACCUAGUCGGAUUACUUACCAAAGAUUAGUUUCCUAUUUUUGUGAAUCUGGUGAUAUAUCAAAAGCUGAACAAGUCCUAGAAGUUAUGAAAGCUAAGGAUAUACCUGUUAAUGAAGCAGUUUUUGCAUCUUUGAUUAGUGCUUAUGGAUCUUUGAAAGAUUUUGAAAAUGUUAUAAGCAUACUAAGUAUCAUGAAACAAUCUGAAUUGGAGCCAACUUCCUUAAUCUAUACCAAUAUAUUCAAAGCAUUAGUUUUAGAAAAUAAUUUAUCAGAACUUAAUAAAUAUCUAAAAGAAUCUCAAGAAAAUGGUGUUUUCCUAUUGAACAAGGAUUUGUUAGAUGUGGUAUUUUUUGCUAUUACCCAGUCUAAAAAAUAUUCCAAUACAAAAAAUGAUCAUAUUUCAAGUUGUUUAUCCUCUAGCUGGGAACAAGUGGCUGAGUGUUUGGUACCUUAUUUAAAGCCACAUUCUGAUUUUAUGCAAAGUUUAAUUAAUGUUACCCAUAAAGUUUUAUCAUUCAAUGGUUUGGACAAGGAUGCCUAUAAAAUGUUUAAGUAUUUUUCUUAUACUGUUGGACAAAAUUUAGACCCUCAUUUUAAAUUUCAAAAUCCAAUGCAAAAUUCUGGAGCUUUUAUCAUAAAACAUAUGUUAACGCAGGCCUUCCCACCCCACGAAUGGGAGGAUUUGUUUGAAAUUAUCACAGAUAUGCAUAACAUAGGUAUCAAUAUAUAUGCUGUCCAAAGGGCUUUGGAAUUGCAUUUCAACACUGACAACUUCAGCUUAAAUCAAGAAUAUAAGAAAUACAUGCAAUUGAUGAAUAAUCUUUCCGUUCCUGUUCGACCUCAUUAUUUUUGGCCCAUUCUAGCUAAUUUAAAUAGCAACUAUAACUAUAGAACGAUGGAUUUAAUUAAAAAAAAUUUGUUCGAUACACUCAACUAUAUGAAAAGAGAUUUUGGAAUAUGGCCCACAUUUCAAACACUAGUGGAUUACGUUUACCCUAUUCUAGACAAAAUUGUUGAUAACAACUCUAAGGCAAAUAGGAAUAGCUCUACUUUGGGGAGAAAACGGGAAAAGGCAAUAGAGGAUGAAGAUUUAAAGGAGGCUAUGGACGAGGACUACGAAGAAGAAACAGCACAAUCUAAAGAUCAUCAGCCUUCGGGUAAUCAGAAUAAACUUACUACCAUAUGGCGUACAUUUUCGAAUAGUACUUCCGUCAAAGAUCGGAAAUCAUCCGAAAAUACAGCGAUCAACGCCUUAUUAUUUUAUGCUCUCAAUGAAUCGAAUAUUCUUUCUAAGAAUUUAAAUCUUAAUCAAGUAUACGAACUUCUUUCAACCGUCUCUAUGCCACUUCCCUCCAUUGAAUCUACCAUCCUAAUGCACAAGCUACCACAAUUAUAUCAGAGAUCUCUUACUAUAGAAGGCGAGAAUGAAGUUGCCAAAAGUUACGAGCAAAUGUUGGGUGAAAUUUUGAUCUCGAGUAAUCAUUUCAAUAAUAGCAAUCUUAUAUCAGAAUCCAAAACAGACUCAAAUAUUAACGAAGAGCUAUCCGUGAUUAAAAUAGAAUUGCCAAAUUUAGAUAUCGAAAAUAUAAAAGUUACGCCACUUAAUUUUGACUGGAAUGGCAAAGUUUUAUUAGAUAUUUUCUCCAACUUCCAAACCUCCUCUAAAUUAUCGCCCACGCUACAGAACCGUGCAAUAGAUUCUUUACUUAAAACCUUCUCUGAUCUAAACUUGGCAGUAUCUCGCAAAGUUGUCGAUACGAUCACAAAUAAACACCUAUCUGAUGACUUUUUAACAACUUUAAAAAAAAAUCCCUUGAAAGUCCUCAACGAGCUUAGUCUCGAUACCUUACCAACAACCACCACUCAUGGCACUCCUUUAGUCAACCGUCAUUUUUCGGACAACCUCGAUCGAACUAUGCUUUAUGCGGAUACAAGCACAGAAAGGCUCGAACAAUUGUUAACUAGAUUGACGGCUGUCAAAGAUCGAAACCAAGACGCCAAUCAAGAUAAUUUAAGGAUUCGGUCCCUCAAGAGGCACUUAGUAAUGCGAUAUUGUAGGGAUAGGACUGACGGUAAUUACAAGAACAAUCACUCCAAAAUAGAAUCUCUAGCACAAUCCCUCACUAUUCCACCUUACACACAAGCUGAUGCUGCCGCGUUUACUCUUCUAAUAGAUUUUUUUGCCCGGAACGGGGACGGGAUUAAGGCUUUAUCUUUCAAAAAUUUACGGGAAAUAGCCAAUGAUAAGUCUGAUUUCGGUUUCAGGAAUUUGUCUAUACCUAAGACGUUGGAAAUCUGUACAGCUCUUGCAAUUCAAUCAUUAGCCGGAAUCGAUUGUGAAGAAACUAGGACCGACUCAAUCCUUGAAUUACUUUCUGAAGCGUCCAUCAUACCUCUCUCAUCUCAGCCAUUCACUUUAUCUAAUUAUUCAGACUCCAAAAAGGGCUCCUCUCAAGAUUCGCCUUACACUCCUUUGGAUUCUUACUCAAAAAUUGAUCAAAAUCCAGGAAGCGUUUAUAACGAAAUAAGUUCCGAAAAUUAUGGCAAUAACGAUAAGGACAGGGAGUCAGCGAUGGGGCAACAACGGUACCUCAAUAAUAACAGCAAUGUAAGUCCUAGGAGCAAUACAGAGUAUCAAGUCUGGAAAUUGUUGAGUUUAGCUUCUGGCGGAACUAAUAAUCUUGAUGAUUUAGGGAAAAAACCUGUAUUGAAGGACUUCGAUAAAAUAUUUGAUGCCACCUUAAAUUUAUUGGGGCUCGUCAUUGCACCCAGCGGGAAAUCCAACCCAUCUCCUAGCAUUUUAUCUACCCUGAUCAAUGCUAGAUUAAAUCAAGGUGAUAUGAAAUCUGCGUUAAAUGAGUUCCACAAAUUUGCUCUGGAAUAUAGGGUCACACCACACUUAACUAUUUUGCUGAAAAAACUUAUCCAGAAUAAUGACACAGAUAAUUUACAGAAAAUGGUCGAUGUUGCAUCUGAAAUACACACAGAGGCUAACACGUUAAUCGAUCUUCUUUUCGCUUUCACUGAUUUGGGAAGAUAUAAAGAGGCUAAUAAAGUCUUAGAGACAACUAAUAUGGUGUAUAAAUUUUCAAGAUUCGAUUUUUAUUGCUUGCGUUAUGUCAAAGACAAUAAAGUUAAAGAAUUGGAAUACAUUGUUAACGCCACGAAAAAUUUGAAAGACAUAAAUAAAGAUCAAAUGUAUUAUUACUUGUUGAAAGUUUAUGAUAAAAAUGACGAUCAUUUCUCAGCCCUUAAAUUGUGGGAUCGUAUGUUAGAUGAUGAGGAUAGCAAUUAUUACUUGCUGAUUAACAAUAACGUAGCCAUUUCUGAUUUGGAUCCUAAUCAAAUUCAUGAUGAUAGCACUAAUAAGGAAAAUAGAGACGUUAGCUACAAAUAUCGAUUGAACAACGCCAAGCUUAAAAAUCUUUUAUUGUUAGCUCAAAUAUUGAAAAAGGGUGACGCUUCUAAGCCUUUGCCAUUUGUAAUACCCGCUACUGCACUCAAUGUUGAUACUACAAAAAAUAUGACUAAUAAUGAGAGAAUGGUAGGAGGGCCUUAUGGAGACAAUGUUAUGCCUCAAGACAUUCAAAAAGACAGGGAAAUUAUCCAGUUACUAAAUGAAGGGCAAAUUGAAAAGGCUUUGAUGAUCAAAAAUCGAUUAAAAAAUAACGGGAAGGUGCUAGCUCCACAUACCUAUUCAACCUUACUAGAAAAUUUGAUAAGGAUUGACGAUAAGAUAGAAGAAGCUCUGGCCUUAGCUAAAGAAAUGAAACAAAAUCAUUUGUUUGUGUCCAUACCUCUCGUGAAAUCUCUACUUUCCAAGCUAAGCCAUUUAGGUCGAUACGACGAUAUAAAACAAAGCAUCCCAGCUUUAGUUAACAAUCCAACUUCUUUAUUUAGGCUAAAUAUAGAGAAAUAUGUGGCCUACGCCUAUACAAAUUGUGGUCAAUAUUUAACCUAUUUGAAACAAUUUGAAGACAACCUCGAUGAUUAUUCUAAAAAAAACAUUUCUCCUCAAGGGGUUUUAUAUGCUAUCAACAAAUUCCCAGAAUGUUUUGAAAGAAUUAUGUCCUUAGCCAAAGCUUAUGCCCAAAAAGGUCAAAGUUAUCACCUGUAUAACCUAAUAUUCACUCAUUACACCCUAAACAACAGGUUUCAGGAAGCUAAGAUUCUUUAUGAAGAUACGCUCCGCCCUAUUUAUGAAUCAAACCUAGAAAACGUUAAUUCAACCACUUUGAAUCCAGAUAGUGAUUUAAAAGAUUCAUCAUUGAAAUCUUCACCUGUUCUUAUUAACAUCAUAACUAUCUGCAAAAACGCUAAAGGGAAAAAUGACGAUUCAUCGAUCAAAUUUUUGAUAAAUGAUAUAGGAUUAAACUCAAGUAAAUCGCAACUUGGUUUAGCCUUCAGCUUUUGGAUUAGCAUGAAAUGUCAUAAUUCUAUGUACAAUGACGCAUUAGCUUUGUAUGAUCGAGCAAUAAAAGAACAUCAAUUAAAAACUGAGCAUUUUAGGAUAUUUGCUUUAAGAGAGCUUAAAAACUGUCUUACAUCACAAGGAAAGCCUGUGCCAUUUGACUUGCAUCAAAUAAACACUCCAAAUUCAUUUAAUGAGGAAAAACAUGAAGCAGAAGUUUAGAAAUAACUAUUUUUUCAAGUGUAGACAAACAUAAUAUACAUACUUUUUAAUUAGCUUAAUUUGCAUAUAAUACAAUGUAUGUAGUGGAUUGAGGUUUUUUAUUUUUACACGCAUAUUU